AUGAUCACUGCCUGCUUACCUGUCCUUGCCAUGGUGCUGGUUCAACUGGCGCUUGCUGGUCUGAAUGUGAUGUCCAAGCUCACCAUGGCCUCUGGCAUGAGCCCCUAUGUGCUCCUCGCCUACCGGAACUUCAACGCCGCGGCGUUCCUCGCUCCCAUAGCAUUCCUUUUUGAAAGGAAAACUUGGACUGCAAUUAGUAAGAAGAUAUUAUUCCAGAUUUUCGUAUGCUCCAGAAUUGGUGCAACACUGAACCAGGUGCUCUACUUCGUCGGCCUCAAGUACAGCAGCCCCACGGUGGCGUCGGCGCUGAACAACACGCUCCCGGCGGUGACCUUCCUCCUGGCCGCGGCGCUCAACAUGGAGCCCCUCGAGGGGCGCGCCGGCCGGGCCAAGGUGGCCGGCACGGCCGUGUGCGUGGCCGGGUCCAUGCUCAUGACCUUCUACCGCGGCCCUCUCGUCAGGACCCUGCCGGCUUCCCCCGUCCGCUGGCCGUACGUCCAGGGUACCAUGGCCGCCGCGCACGCCGGUGGCCACGCCGUCGUCCUCGGCGCCGUUCUGGUCAUCGCCUCCAACGUCGCGUGGGCCAUCUGGUUCAUCAUCCAGAAGACGCUGUCCAAGAGCUUCGCGUCUCCGUACACGAGCACGGUGUUGAUGGCGCUGAUCGCCAGCGUCCAGUGCGCCGCCAUCGCCGGGGCGGCGGAGCGGAGGCUCGCGGCGUGGGAGCUCGGGCUCGACAUCAGGCUCGUCGGCGCGCUCUACGCGGGGAUCGUGGCGUCAGGGAUAGUGUGCACGGUGAUGUCGUGGUGCAUCCAGGAGCGAGGGCCGGUGUUCGUGUCCAUGUUCAGCCCGCUGGUGCUCGUCGUCGUCGCCGUCGUCGGGUGGGCCAUCCUCGGCGAGAAGACACACGUCGGGAGCGUUAUCGGCGCCGCGCUGAUCGUCGUGGGGCUGUACACCGUGCUCUGGGGCAAGGGAAGAGACAUGGAUGCCUUUGUGAAAGGCGGCGAUGACCACGUCAUCCUUGAUGUUGGGGAUGGAAUUGCGAACCUCAGAGAACCGUUUGAUGUAGGCCCGUAG